AUGGCCGAAAACGCGGCCCCAGGAAGCGCCAACACCACAGGCGCAGACAGCUCGCGCGGUAUGCCCUACUACGAAAGACUACGACGCGACUUGCGCGAAUCGCUAAACAAGAAGCGUCUGAUCGACAACAAUCUCCUACAACUCGAAGAUAGUAUCCUACGAGUCGAGACACAAUACCUCGAAGAGACGAGCGCCGGGAAUAUCAUCAAGGGCUUCGACAAUUACAUCAAGGGCGCGGCGACCACUACGACGACAGGAGGAGCAGGCACUGCGACCAGGCGGAAGGCUCCCAUCAGCGAUGCAGACCGGAUAUUCAGUCGGAGCUCUACAAGCUUCUUGAGGGAAUCCUCAACGCCAGGCUCUGCGACUCCAUCGCAUGCUCCUACGCCUACUUCAUCCUUCCCUACGCGCGAGUCGAGCCAACCUACAAACGGUGCGAGGCCGGGAGGCAGUAAAAAGAAGAAGGCAGCAGACGAAGACGACGAGGAAGGCAACAAGACGAAGCGACAAAAGAUUUCCUACGGCCGCGAGUGA